UCAUCACUAAGCGCCCGUCUCCUAGGAGAUCAGUAGUGGAGAAGGAUGGCGGCCAGGCUGGAGGAGCUGAACGUGACCCCGGAGGAGCUGGAGCGCUUCAAGUCCGCCUUUCAGGACGCCCGCUUCCGGGAGCUGUUCGCCCGGUACGCCAAGGAGAUCAGCGACCCGGAGAACCGGCGGCAGUAUGAGCGGGAGAUCAGCGAGAUGGAGCGGGAGCGCGGGGUGGACGUGCAGUUCCUUCACCCGGAGCCGGGCCACGUGCUGCACACCAGCAUGAACGGACAGCGGAGCUGCUACCUGAACGUGUGCAGUAACGGGCGGGUAGAAAGACCUCACUGCGUGCCGGCCAAGGACCGGGAUGGGCGGUCCGGUCAGCACUGGAGCCUGCCGUGUUCCCUGAGCCCCGCCCGGGAGGAGCUGAACCCGGAGGGGGGAAGGGAUCUCAUCUAUGAUGUCAUCUUCCACCCAGAGACCCUCCGCCUGGCCGCCGGUAACGACAAGUUCAAGGCCAUGGUGGACCUGACCGCGCUGGACAUGGUGUCCCGAGGAUUCCACGUGGUCCUGGACACCGCCAACGUGUGCACCCUGGAGGAGAAGUACCGGGGGGUCCAACGUUCCUGCGUCCUCCGCAAAAACAACCCCGAAGCCAAGCCUAAACCGCAGGACCCGGCCGACCCGCUCAGCUUCCCGUACCCCUACGAUGUGCCGGGAGGGCAGAAGAAGGUCACCAAGGGUCAACCCAAGGUCCAACCGCCUCCCCCAGACCGCAAAGCCAACCAGGAGCCCACCGUCCCCCGUUACACCAUCCGUCACCGCUCCUAUGUGGACAUCCAGGAUUACCGGGACGCCAGGGACUCGGCGCCCAGCCCCGUGCCCAAGGAGCUGGUCAUCACCAUAGAUCUCCCGCUGCUCAACUCCGCCGCCGAGGUCCACCUGAACAUCGAGGGGAAAGCCUUGGGCCUGGAGUCCAAGAAACCCGCCUAUAAACUGCAACUCAAGCUGCCCUACCUGGUGGAGGAGAAGAGGGGAUCGGCUCAGUUCAACAAGAGCAAGAGGCAGCUGGUGGUCACCGUGCCCGUCGUCCAGCAGGACGCCCUAAAGCGCAUGCAGGAACAGCUGGCCAACGGCCCAGGAUCUGAAUCUAAGAUUUCCCCAUCCCCCGACUCUGCUACCCAGGAGUCCAGCAAUACACAAGAGUCUGGCCAGGAGGCAGCAAGCCCUUCUUCUGAGGGAGAACCCGGGGAGGUCAACGAGCCCAUCGCAGCUGGGCACGUCAUCAAUGCCUUGCCCGAGGUUCCCCCGGAGUGCCCCAUCUUCACUUGUUCCCAGAGCGCCACCACGCUGACUUUAGUCAUCCACGUCCAGGACAUCGACGAGCACAGCAUCACCUCCGAGGUCGGCUGCUAUCAGUGCGAGAUCCGCUUCUGCGUCAAAGCCACCGACACGCCCUACCUUCUGUUUGUACAGUUCCUGCCGCAGUACAACCUCAACACGAACGAUAUCGGCGUCAAUGUCUCCGAGGACAAUGUAGUCAUAGAGCUGACCAAAUCCUCCGAGUGCUUCGGGCUCUGGAAGAACCUCUACUUUGGUGUGAAUAGCAAUUCUUUACAGGAAAGAAGAUUUAUUGACGAAGAAAAUGUGACGGAAUUUCUGGAGAGUGGUUUACGCCCUUCUACCAUUCCCUGGUCUACGCUAGAGGACCAACCGCUGAUUAAUGUGCUUGAAAUGAAUGCAGAAAUAGCCCACAUCCGGUUAAAUAAACCGGAGCUGGAGGAGGAAAGCUAUCCGGCCCACAGGGAGCCAUCUGCAGAUCUGAGCGACGUGGAGAAGCAGAUAAGUUACCAGUCAGAUGAGACGGGAUCAGAACCGCAGCCAGGGGUCAGUGUGGAGGGCCAAGGCAGGCAGCUACAGUUCCAGACCGAGAACCCUGCGUAUUGUACCCGCGCAGCGCAGCUGGAAGACCCCAGUGCAGAGGAUGAGGGACUCAUUUUUCGAGAAAUCCCGGCCCGGGAACUUGAUGAAGAUGAUAUCCCAGAUAGAAAAGAACCGGAACAGAGCCCUGUAUUACACAACUCUGACCCUAGCCUAAAGGAAGUUGAUGCCAAAGAUGGCAGCGUUCCCGUCGUCUCUGAUCACAAAACACAAUGUGCCUUCAGCUUUGAGAAUGCCUUACUCUUUGAAUUAGAAUAAUGAUUGCUGCUAAUUUAGUUGUUUUAAAAUUAAGGCUGUUUUAUUUCGGAGAGCAGCCCUCAGUAUGGUACACUAUUACCAAAAGUAUUGGGACGCCUGCCUUUGCAGGCACAUGAAAUGUAAUGGCGUCUUAGUCCGUAGGGUUCA